AUGGCAGGCACAAUCGCAAGGGUGAACCGCCGCAUGCGGGCCUUCUUCCGCAACAUCAUGACGCUCCUGAAGCGCAUGAUGAUGUUUCCUUCGCAGCUAGGGGACUCAUCCGACUCGAGGCAGGAUUCAUUGUCCAAUUCCUCCAAACGGCGUCGACGGACGCUGGAUGACUUAUCGCAAGAGGUCGAGCGCCUGUUCACAGGUCACCUGAACGUGUCCAACCUGCUGUCCAUGUCGAAGAAGAUCCGCGCGCAGAUCGACAUAUGCGCCAAGACUAGUCCGGUCUGUAUGUUGCCGUCGUUCAACCAUACCCUACCCACGGGCAAGGAGAGCGGCACAUACCUUGCCAUGGACCUCGGAGGAUCAACGUUUCGAGUCGCGCUCGUGGAACUUUCGGGAGGUGGGAAGAUGAGGAUUGUCCGUAUGGUCUCGUCGAUCAUCGACGAGACCGUGAAGUUGCUCGAGGGCAAGGCGUUCUUCGCAUGGAUGGCGGAGAAGAUCGAAGAGAUGUUGAGCCGCGGCGAGGAGAAGUACGGCAUGGACUCGAUGCCCCUUCCAAUAGGACUAUCGUGGUCGUUCCCAAUUGACCAGACUUCGAUACGUAGUGGGCGUGUCAUUGCCAUGGGGAAAGGGUUCCGGUGUUCCAACGGAACGGUGGGUGACGACUUGAGCGAGUUGAUCACAGAGGCCUGCAGGGAGCGGAAUCUUAAUGUUCGGAUCGAUGCGAUCGUGAAUGAUAGCUCUUCCACCCUCCUCUCGCGGGCAUACGAGGACCCUUCCACGCGAGUUUCCCUGAUAUUGGGUACUGGUACCAAUGCCGCCAUCCACUACCCGGUCCAUGCGAUAGGGAUUGACAAGUUUGGAACCCGACCAGCUGAAUGGUUUGCUCAGGCGGAUCACGUCAUCGUUAACACAGAGCUUAGCAUGUUUGGCGGCGGUGGGGUUUUGCCGACUACCAGAUGGGAUGAUAUUCUGAACCAGACACAUCUGAGGCCUGAUUACCAGCCGCUGGAAUACAUGUGCACGGGACGAUAUCUCGGCGAGAUCGUUCGCCUCAUCAUCGUCGAAGCGGUCAAGAAGGAAGGCUUGUUUGGCGGUUCCCUUCCGGAAUCUAUGCGAUCCCCAUACACAUUCGACACCAGCAUCGCCGCGCACAUUCAAGAUGACACCAGCCCCUCACUGACUUCUUCAUCCGCGUAUCUCCAAAAACACCACUCCUUUGUCACUGCGCCCUCUCCGGCGGACCUCCAAUUCCUUCAACAAAUAUGCACUUUCGUCACACGGAGAGCAGCCGCCUAUCUUGCCGCAUCCAUCCAUGCGCUGUGGUGUCUGCGAAACUCGAGCGAAGCGGCCACUCUCCCACCAACUCCAGAUUCCGUCAUAUCCUCCUCUUCACCCAAUGACAACAGCCAUGGCAAUGACAAUCCGGAGUUGUCAAACGACCUGAACAAGAAUCCAACCAACAACACCGCCACAACCGCCACAACCGCCACAACUACUACCACCACUGCCACCGCCACAACAACCAACACCACUAUCGCGCCAACAAUCGACUACAGCACACAAAAUGUAACGAUUGCCUGUGAUGGCUCCGUCAUCAACAAAUACCCCGGCUUCUACGAUCAGUGCCAACAAUACCUCAACGAUCUGGCGCUAGAACGCGAUCCAUCAUGGCCCUCUCGCCCCAUUUCCCCACCGCCGGAGUCUGGCGCGACAUCACCCUCUCAGAAAGUGAUGACCUCAGUAGUAACGUCGCCAUCCAUCACGCUCGAGAAAGCGAAUGAAAGCGCCCUCUUCGGUGCAGCGGUGGCAGUGGCGGUGGCAGUUUCAGAGCAAUAG